CUUUACUACAUUGCAAGUUUUAUAAAGUAUCCAUACAGACCACUUUCUUCUGUGUACUGAAUACUGGUGGUUAACGUAUGAUUCUCUACGUUGAAAACAAUGUUGAGAAUUCUGAAGAAUUUGUCGAUAUUAGGAUUUGAAAUUUUUUAUAUUCAUUAAAACGUAACAAAAUGGGAAGUUAUGCGAGCAGAAUUGCGUCAAUGUCAAACAAUGCAGUGCAUUCAGUAUACCGUGGACGUAAACGAAAGUGUAUUGAGGAAGAUGAUUUUGAUUCUGAAUCGGAUUACAUCGAUCGCACGCUUCAAACACCGAAAAAAAGAAAGUUGCUUACAACAGCACAGUACAUAUAUAAAACUUUAUUUCAAGAGGAGAAAGGAAGUGACAUAACUGUGCUUAUGUUGGGAAAAGCAUGGAGAUUACAUAAAGUUUAUAUCAGUCAGAGCCCAUAUUUUGCAAGUAUGUUUUCUGGAUCUUGGAGGGAAGCAAAUGAGACAGUUAUCAGUGUAGAAAUUGCUGAUCCUAACAUUACAUUAGACUCUCUUUUAACUGUCUUUGGUUCCUUUUAUCAAGAUGAAGUCAGUUUGGAACCAAAAGAUGUUAUAUCAAUUUUAGCUACUUCCACAUUAUUCCAAUUACAAGGAUUAAUUGAUCAAUGCACUGACAUUAUGGUAGAAACAACAAAUAUAAAAACAGUUGUCCCUUAUUACAAUGCUGCUGUGUCGUAUGGUGUACCAGUUGUGAAAACUGCAGCAAAACGAUGGUUAGAAGUUAAUCUUUUGGGAUAUGGGUGGUUACACCCAACAUUUUUAAAAGAAAUUACACCUGAUUUGAUGGCUGAGUUAAUUGCUAGUCCUGAUUUAAUUGCUAUGCAAACAGAAUUUUGCAUAUACAUGAUGCUGCGUGUCUGGUUGUUUGUUCAUGUGCACAAUAAAGAAGAAACACUUCAAAUUGAUGAGUACUUUAGAAACCAUAAGUGGACAAAACCUUUUCUUACAACUGAGGAAGGAAAAGAAUUUGCAGCCCCUUUCAAAGCAUUGAGGAUGAAGUAUCUUUUGUUACAUGAUCAAGAUGUGAAAAUUUUAUAUAGCGACAAUUUAAUACCACACGAAUGGUUACACAAUGCGUAUAAAGAGCAAUGGUUACAUUUACUAAGAAUAGAUGCAAAUAAAGAUCGAGGACCGAAACAAAUGAGUGAAGAAGAAUUUGCUCGUGAAUGUUUUCGUUGUGGAAGAUGUAUCGAGAAGGCUGGUGAACAUAUUUGGAGAUGGACAGCAUUUCAUUUUGGUUUAGAUUUGGUGGUAUGUUUAGAUAGUACCACUUUAAGAAUUAAAAGGAAUCAUAGACUAGACACAGACCACAUCAAGGCCAACCACAGCAAGCACAACAUAAUUUUAAAAAUAUGUUUAAUUUCAUUGGAUGAACAACGUCAAGUGAAACUUAUUCAGAGUUCAGGUAUGCUUAGGUUAUCUCUUCAUAAAAACGAGGAAAAACAAGUGAUGUCUCUGGAUAAACAACUCACUUAUCCUUUAUAUAUAUCGGUGAACAUGCAAGUGGUCACACCGUUUAUAUCAACCGAAGAGGAAAAAUCAGCUGAUAUAGUCAUAUUUUCUGAUACUUAGCACACUAAAAGUUUAACAUUUUCUAAACUUUCAAACUGAAUCCCAAUGAUAUACGCUUAUUUCAAAUAAUGACUCGAUUGUUCCAAUUAAUAGUUCAUUACGUCUAAGCAUUCUAAAAUUAACGCUCCUUAUUAAUGCAGAUAAUAGAAUUUUUCACGCAAAUUUUGUUACUCUCGGAGAUAUCAAUUUCUAAUUAAAACUUUUAUAAAGUUCACAGCUUCUAGUCGACUAAACGAAAUCGUAACAUUAAUACGAUGAGAGAAAUUUUAUUUUAUUAUUACUUAUUGAGUACUAUAACAGAUUUAUCUUUUGUAACAUAAAAUCACAUUUAUUUCUCACAGAAUAAUAUUAACAAUUAAUGUUAAAUCCAUGAGUGAUAAUUGAACAUUAAACUUUCUAAAAAAUAGAGUGUCAUACAAAAGCAUCACAGUAUUAAAACCAUUUACUUUCACAUUAUUGUUAAUACAUUUAUAUAUCUCAGUCAUAACGAUGAAUCUAAUAAGAAAUUAGACUAACGUUUAUCUUUGUACAGUCAGAAGAAAAUGUGAUUGUAGUUGAAUUCAGAGACACGCUGAUCGAGUGCUUCUGUGUCUUCCGGCCAGCCAUCGAAACGUCGACCCUCGUGCCUUGUGAAUAUCAAUAUCGAAAAACGAAAAAUAUUACAUUGUAAACAAGUCCAGAUAUGUUUUCUACUGUUAAACAUUAGAAAUUUUUAUACAGAAUUUUUAAUUUUAGAAACGUCUAUUGCUUAAUAAUAACCGUUUCAAUUGAAACGACACAUUACUAACGUUCCUUUGAUUCUAUAAUCUAUAAUCUCAAUCUAUUUUAUACGGUGCUGUUGUCUAAUACGCGCGAAGUUUUAUGUUUUACUUAAUAUGUAGAGAUUAUUACAUAAGAAGCUACUUAGAUUAGCAAUUAAGAUUUUUCUCUACUUAAAUACGUGCUAUCAACUUUAACUACCUACUCAACAAGUAUGUGUAAUAUUUGUAGCAUUUAUAAUUCAUUUCUUACCUUUGAUGAUUCUUACGUAUUUAUUAAAAAAUAACCAUCAAGUUCGGUAUCAUUUCUAUCAUGAACAUACCAUUUUAUAUCUAUAGUGCGCAUCCUGGUAUAUUUUGAUGAUAAACGUAUCAGGCUCAUAAGCAUUUCCGUUUUCGUACUGAAUUAAUUAUAGACGAAGGUUGUAUGAAUCAAUGAUACAUCGCAAAAGAAAACAGCAUUUAUUUAUGUUCACUAACAUCAAAAUUAUUGAAUAACAAACCAAUUUAAUUGUAUAACUUUUGACAUAACGUUCUGGGAACAAUGUACUUUAUUCUGUAUGUAAUUAUAAUAUCUGUAGGUCCAAUCUGAAUUGAAAUAUUUCUAUUUUCACAUUGUUUUCUUUUAAAUUACUGUUUAAUUUUUUUCUUCUUUUUUGGUAACCAUUCAACUCUUUAUUGGCAGAAUAUUCUCUGUACAUGGUGAUCGAUGCGUACAAUGCAAUAUUAACAUUAGAUGACAAUAAAUAUC